GGAAUCCAUGUUGAGACUCCCCCCUUCGUGCUUCUACUUUUCCCUCCAGGAUCGGGAUACGUGGCUGUUUGGGAAAGCCGCGCGCGGGGGUUACCGUGGCUCCGUGUCAUCAGCCUGCAGGAGCAGCAGCAGCAGCUGGGAGUCUGGAGCAGCUCAGCGGCGCUGCCUGUCUUCACCAAGCCAGCCUGGAUGGCAGGGACACACUGGUGCACAAACAACCAAAACCACAAGGAUUACUGGUGGCGAGUGAUUUUUGGACCGUGGGACGGAUGAAUGGUGGACGUUACUACAAGCCCAGCUGGGCUUUUGCCGCCCUGUUCGUCGCUGCUACUCUGCUGAUGCUGACAUCCAAGGGUGCAUCAAGCAGCCGCAAGAUGACACAAACUGCUAUGUCUCAAGUAACCGCCACAGCUGCAGGCACGGGCCCCAGUUUGACAGAUGACCUCCCCGGCUUCCAGGCAGUAGCAGACUUUUUAGCCAGCGAUCGCACACAUGUUUGGAUCCUGUCCCUGGUGGGCUCUGUUGCUGUAGGCCUCAGUGGGGUAUUCCCUCUGCUUGUGAUUCCCAUUGAAGCUGGUGCAGCCCUUAAAACGGAAGCUGGGUGCCAAAGACUGAAGCAGCUCUUGAGCUUUGCUAUUGGCGGUCUCCUUGGUGAUGUGUUCCUUCACCUUCUUCCUGAGGUGUGGGCGCUCUCCAGCUCCUCAGCUGGUAAGCAUAACCAUUACAUGUCCCAAGGCUUGUGGGUAAUCAGCGGUCUCUUGGCCUUCCUCCUGCUGGAGAAAAUGUUCCCAGACCAAAGCAGCAGUGAAGAUCACACAUCGGAUUCAGACCUGAACUCCAACCUGCAUAUGCAGGCUAAUAAUACGACUUUGAAUGGAAAAGCAGGGGCCUCGCUUACAAACGGACACCAUGCAGAAUCCUGGACAUAUUCACAGCAACACGGGGAACAAGACAGACCACAGAAAAUCAAGACGAGUGGAUACCUGAAUUUACUGGCCAACUGCAUCGAUAACUUCACUCACGGUUUGGCAGUAGCCGGCAGUUUUUUGGUUAGCAAAAAGGUUGGAUUCCUCACCACCUUUGCCAUCCUGCUCCACGAAAUCCCCCACGAGGUAGGAGACUUCGCCAUUCUGUUGAGGGCGGGGUUUGAUCGCUGGAGUGCUGCGCGAAUGCAGAUGUCUACAGCUCUGGUGGGCGUGUUGGGGGCCUGCUUUGCUCUGUGUACGCAGUCACCCAAAGGGACAGAGAAUGCCUGCAGCUGGAUACUGCCUUUCACGGCUGGAGGCUUCCUGUACAUAGCCUUGGUAAAUGUUGUGCCUGACCUGCUAAAGGAGUCUAGUUUAAGACACUCUCUACUGCAAAUACUUCUUAUUUUCUGCGGCGUGGCAGUCAUGGCUCUGCUCUCCGCCAUUAUUGACUGAACAACUCCUGCACUAAAAGACAUUCAUAGCCAAUAUAUGUUACUUGUUCCUCAUUCAUGGAAAUUCCAUUUUACUAAAGAGGCCUUAGUCGAUCCCAGAGUUUUUCAUGUCACGGUGCAGCAAAGGUUUCACCUCCAGAGUGGCACUUUAAAGACUUGUCUGAAACCAAAUCUCUGAGUGAACAAACAGGAAGUUUGUGUUGAAUUCUAAAAGUGUGCCAUUCCUGCAGAUCACAAGAAACCUUUUGUGGUUUGAACUGUUACCAAAAUGUUUUUCUGACAAUCAUGAUGUUUGCACAUGUAUCCACACAGGUACAAAUAUAUUUUACUGACCCUGCAGGUUCCAGGACCUGCUUCUUACAGUGCAGUCCAAUGUAAAGCUUGUAAAUGUUGUUGGAAUUCUGCAUCCUCUGCUUCUGAUGUAGCUGCUGCAUAUUUAUUGAGAUUGAUUACAUUUUAUUUUCCCUAAGCAUCUUUUUCUAUAGAAAUAAGCUGAGAUCAGUAAAGAUUGUUACAAGUGUUGAGAUCACACCAAAGUACUCUGGUUUUUAUCUGUUUUUGUCUCGCUCACACAUUAGUUUGCACCUUUUGAGCCCAUUUCUGUGCUAAAGAAUAUGUUUUUAUGGUUAAUUUUAACAUUUUAACAUCAGUUAUUGUUUUGUUUUCAGUGUUUUUGUUGCUAACAACUAAAUGAAGACAAGGGACUGACGAUUUUAGAGAUUAGAUGCAAGGAGAUAUUCACGAUGUUACUUUUUUGAAGAAAUAAAACUCUAAAUUUUACAAA